GGUCAAUAGUAUGUGACAUAAAGUGUGACAUAAAAGGGAUUACAAUAUAACUGAUCCCUUAUAUAGUGAUUAUCAAUGCAUUGGAAAAGUCAUUGAUUGUUGUAUUCAAUGAAACACAUUAUUUGUGUCAAAAAAGGGGCAGAUUUUCAGUGAUUCACAAACAGAUUGAUUGUGUGUUUAGUUUAAGACUCAAAAGCAAACCAAUUGAUUGACCACUGAUUUGGUCACACAUUUGGUCACCGAUUUGAACGAAGAAUGGAAGACUACGAGAGAGUACUACUCGUGAAGAGUGAUGUCUUUAUAUAUAAGAUUCCGCCGAAAACAACAAACAGAGCCCAUCGAGCGGCCGAUUGGAAACUGGAUGCACCCGAUUGGACGGGAAGAUUGCGAUUAGUAGCCAAAGGCAAAGAAUGCAUUUUAAAACUUGAAGACAAAAUGAGUGGCGAAUUGUUCGGCAAAAGUCCGAUUGACAAAUACCCGGGAGUGGCCGUUGAAGCCGUAUCUGAUUCCAGCCGUUAUUUUGUUAUCCGACUUCAGGACGACAACGGCCGCAACGCUUUCAUCGGAAUUGGUUUCUCAGAUCGCGGCGACAGCUUUGAUCUUAACGUUGCACUUCAGGACCACUUUAAAGCUCUUGAAAUCGAGGAAAAGAUAGAGAAAGAACCCGAAGAUAGUCAACCAAAACUAGACUUGGGUUUCAAAGAAGGACAGACUAUUAAAGUUAAUCUCAAUAUCAAAAAGAGUGGUUCAAACAGUUCAUCAAAUCGGCCGCGCGUUAAAUCAGCCGCAACUGCAUUAGGCAGUGGAGGCAUUUUACUACCUCCACCUCCAGGAGCAGCUAAAGGUGGUCCAACUAAGAGCUCUCCCAAUACUACUACUUCCACAUCGACAGCAAAAGCAAAUCCAGUGACAAAUAAUACAAAACAGGAAAAUGAUUUAUUACUUGACAUAAAUGCGUUAAGUAUUGGUUCCAUUAAUACGACUGAAUCUACAACUAAUACAAACAUCAAUAAUAAUGAUCUUUUCGGCGAUUUUGAGUCGAUUACCACUACAUCUAAUAAAAGCAAUGUUAACACCACAUCUUGGGAUCAGUUCUCAUAAAUUAGUUUUCAAAAAUCAUUAAAUAAAAUAAAUUAAGUAUUUAUUUAACUUAUUAUAACUUUAAGUAGAUUUUAAACGAAAUUUGGUGAUAAUGAAUGUUAUUAUAUGGACUAUGGGUUUGAUUUUUGAAUAUUAUAUUUUAUU